CCAUCACAUCAUAUCCAGCUCUCCCUGAUACAGUGAUACUUCCUUCCUUCUAUCCAGCAGCCAGCUAGCUCGCUCGCUUGGCGAUCGCUCCACCAGUGUGGCUGGCAAGUGGCAAACCAGCAGGUGUUUCUCCUUGUAACAAUUGCACAUAUGGCUCCUUCCUCUCGCUUCUCGUUAGCUCCUCGCGGUAGCUUCCUGCUCACAGUAGCGCUACUGGUCCUACUGCUGAGCCACGGAACUCACGGUCAUGGCGCCGGGCUGAGCUCGUCCUUCUACGACGGCUCGUGCCCAGGCACGCGCGACAUCGUCAGGCGCGUUAUCCAGGAUGCCCGCGUCACCGACACCCGUAUCCCGGCCAGCCUCAUCCGUCUCCACUUCCACGACUGCUUUGUCAACGGCUGCGACGGCUCGCUUCUACUCGACGAUGACGCCCAGGCAGCGAUUAUGACCGAGAAGAACGUCCCCGCCAACGACAACUCAGCGCGCGGGUUUGGCGUGGUCGACGGGAUCAAGCGUGCGUUGGAGAACGCCUGCCCCGGCGUCGUCUCCUGCGCCGACAUCCUCGCCCUCGCCGCCGAGAUCUCCGUCGAGCUGGCGGGAGGGCCAUCCUGGACCGUCCCGCUGGGCCGCCGUGAUGGCACCACCACCAACAUCGAGAGCGCUAACAACCUCCCGAGCCCCUUCGACCCCCUUGAGACACUCCAGGAGAAGUUCAGGAACCUAGGCCUCGAUGACACCGACCUCGUUGCGCUGCAGGGAGCGCACACCUUUGGGCGGGCGCAAUGUCAGUUCACGCAGAAGAACUGCACGGCCGGGCAGAGUGAGGGGGCACUGGUGAACCUCGAUGACGUCACACCCGAUGUGUUCGACAACAAGUACUAUGGCAUCCUCCUGCGGGGUCGCGCCCAGCUUCCAUCAGACCAGGUGAUGUUGUCCGAUCCCGUCGCGGCAAGGACCACCGCACCAAUCGUUCGCAGGUUCUCUGGUAACCAGAAGGACUUUUUCAGAAACUUUGCCGCAUCGAUGGUUAAAAUGGGAAACAUAAGCCCGCUGACCGGAAGGGAUGGGGAGAUUAGGAAGAACUGUCGGAGGGUGAACAAGAAACCCUACUAAGGAACGAGAUUCCAUUCAUGUUGAUGCACAUACAAUUUAACUAGUUUUUUCUUAUGCACAUACAAUUUAACUAGUUUUUUCUUCCUUUUGCGGGUAGAGAGAUCUUGUAAAUCAUUGUUUUAAUUCAUUCUAAUUGUGAAGUUUUUCUAUGUUCCUCUCUACAGAAGCAAAUGUAAAUGCUCGUUAUUCACUAUAUAUCGUCUUAUAUGUUUUAUUUCCUUCA